GCUGGCUCAGCUGAUGGAAAGCAACAAAGUACUUACCAAAUACAGGCCAUGGAACUUGAGCUUCUGGGCAAUAUCUAAUCUCCAAACGGUUUUGAUUUUAACCGUGCAGAUUAGCUUCUCUUGAAAAUGUCAUGGAGAUGGCAAGUUAACAACCCUCAGCAAAUUGCUACACUAUUAACCCUUCAGCAGCAGCAGCAGCAGCAGCAGCAGCGACAACAACAGCAGCAACAACUACCAAUUCGGUGGGUACAUGAAUAUCAACAUCAACUCCCACAGACACAGUUACAUCAGCGGCAGCACCAUCAACAGCUGCAACAUGAUGUCCAGCAACACCAUCAGCAGCAGUUGCAGUAUCCAUUGCAAAGAAGAGUUCCAUCGCCGUGGCUAGAUGUGUCCUCUUCAUUCGCAUGUGCUGCACAAAGAGAACUAUAUGAAGAUACGCUCCCAGCUAGAAAUACGAGGAGGACGACACAUAAUGAUAACAGACAUAGUGUUCUGUAUCAUGAAGGAAAAGGAAAUGACUUUCCAUUUCAUGAAACAAGAACUGAAGUAUUUCAUCCUGGUCAUAGAAACAGAAGAUUAUUAAAUGAGGUGUAUGAGGCACAAAGUGGACUGUACAAUGAGGUUUUGCCCACAAGAAAUGUCCAACCGGCAACAGACACUGAUUACAGACAUAAUGGUCUGUAUUACAAAAAAUUGCAAAAUAGAUUUCCAUAUCAUGAUGAUAGGUCAGAAAUUUUUCUCACUGAAGAAAAACAGAGAAGAUUUUUGGAUGAGGUGUACAGGAAAGUGUUUCGAGAGUGUGACAGAGGAAUCAAAAUGCAGAUAUUGGCACAUGUGAAUAGUUUUGCUGAUAAAGAUACUCAGGUUGGUUAUUUACAUGUCUAA